AUGUCUUCGGUCUGCGAACAUGGUACGCUGACCUUCUCCUCGUCAGCGAAUGCCGUCACUUCGGGCUACAGGCAUUACUCGAAUUGGCAAGUGCGAACAAACGCUGGAGCUCCGGUCGCUGAUGUCAACUUCCCCACCACGAUUCUGCCUGUCGAUGAGCUGAAUGCCUUUCCUGCUGCUCUAGUGCUUCCUGGCGACGAGAUCGUGUGCGACCCGAACUAUCCACGGCAGAGUUACCGAGAUUGGCGUAAUCUCGGUGAUCGGAACCAUGUGACAUCCAGCAGGAAAAUCCUGUAUGUUGCUGCUCCGCCAGACAUCGACUCAAGCGCGGGACAUAUGCAAGACUGGCAGCGCUCAGUGUGGGACGCGCAGACGGCAACAGAUACGAAGCCAGGCAUUGGCGCUGUUCUUGAUGCUGAAUCGAUUGCUGCCUAUCUUCGAGCGUUCUACGAUGGUAUGGAGGUGAGAAUCUUACCGCAAAAGCUCGCCUUCAGCGCGUGGGAUGACGAUCCUCCAAACGAUGGUAGGUCCCUCAGAAGGAAAGCUUCGCGUCAGCUUAAGAUCGCUCAUGUGGCUCUGUCGACUGGCACUGAGCUCAUCCGCAUUCGUGGACGCUCUACUCCACCUACUGGUCGCACCAAGGAGCCCGAGCUGUUUCCGUUUUCGCAUCAGCUAAAUCUGAAUGAUCUUGCGGAUGCGGCCAUGACUAUUGUACCAUCCAACGCUUACGCGCUUCUCAUGCUGACGAACCACGACCUCUACGAGGAUGAUGACGAUGAUUUCUGUUGCGGUCGAGCCUGA